AUGUCGCGAGAGGAGGAAAUCGCCGAUUGGUCGCUUAUUCUUGCCCGAGGGCAGGGAUUCCCGCCGGACUACGCCGGCGCGGGCCUUUACUACGGUGGUUCCUGUCAGCUUACGACCCUGUCCCAAGUGGCCACAAAUCCUACGGUGCAGAAUGUCGAUCUCUUGGCGCCUGUCACCUUUAUUUUCCUCUUUGGAUACGGAUUUCCAGGUAUCGGUCUGAGGGUGUGA